AAGCUUUCGUCCGUCGGCGAAUGCCCUGACCCCGUCAGCCGAACCGUGCGAGCCAAUCAGCGCAAGCAAUUCCUCUUACAUUCAAUGUCGAGAAAGUCUGGCUUCAUAUCAUCAUCCAACAGCACGACAUCCCCACCACCGCACGACCUCCACGCCGCUCGCAAUCAUGUCGGUCCCGUCGCUCGCCCCCUAUAUCAUGAAGCGGCCAUGGCUGCACAAGUGGAUGAAGCCAUUGAGCCAGUGGUACUUUGACAACGCCGGAUACAGGAAGCUGGGUUUGAGGGCCGAUGAUCUGAUCCCAGAGGAGAGCCCAGAGGCACAGCUUGCGCUCAAGCGUCUCUCACCUAAGGAGGCAUACGACCGUGUCUUCCGCAUGCGAAGAGCAUUCCAGUGCUCGCUCGCGCAUCAACUUCUCCCUAAGGAGGAAUGGACCAAGCCAGAAGAUGAUUACCCAUACCUAUCACCAAUCUUGAAGCAGAUUGAGAUGGAGACCACGGAGCGCGAGGACCUCGAGAACCUGCAGAUUACCAAGCCUAAGGCCAAGUAGAGAAUCUGUAUACUGGUGGCAGAAGUAACACGAGGUACGGAGCAAGACAACAUGUGUAUAUAUUGCAGCGCGCAGAAGUUCACAGCCUCGCUUUUGCUCAGGCUGGCAUAGAGCAGAGGAAUGAUUGUAUCAACACUACAACGAACCGUCUCACGUCAGCAGC